ACACACAGCUGGCCGAGCGCGCGCGCGCGCACGCAGCCUACAGGGGCUCGCCGGGGUAGCUUUUAACAGGGACAAGCCUCCUCCCCCCGGCCGGCCCUCCUUUUCUCUUUGUUCUCUUCCCGGCCGCUUUGUUCCCUCUCGCUCGCCCUCUUCUUUUGCGCGGCCCUGUCAUUCCCCUGGGGAUCAGCCUUAGCGUUGCCUCAUAUGGGGGCGAGCUAGCUAGCUGCUGAGCAAAGCGGCGGGACAACAAGAGGCUUUCCAUCUCCCUCCCUCUGAUCUGCUAUCGUCCCCUUCCCUGCUUCCCUCCCCCUCUUCUUGUACAAAGAGGAGGCGAGGGCCGCCGCGCCGGCCGGGACGUGGUGACAAGCUAGGCUAGCUGGGGGCCGGAGAUCGAGAGGGCGAGAUCGUCGAUUCGCGUAAUACGUCCCGUCGCCGGCCAUGACAUGGUGCAACAGCUUCAACGACGUGCGCGCCGUGGAGAACAACCUGGCCACCGCCGCCGCCGUGGCCGCCGCCGCCGCCAAGAAACAGCAGCAGCAGCAGGCAUCCUCGCACGUCAACCUCAUCAGGACCUGCCCCUCCUGCGGCCACCGCGCACAGUAUGAACAGGUGCAGGCGGCGGCGACGAUCCAGGACCUGCCGGGGCUGCCGGCCGGCGUGAAGUUCGAUCCGACGGACCAGGAGCUGCUGGAGCACCUGGAGGGGAAGGCCAGGCCGGACGCCCGCAAGCUGCACCACCCGCUCAUCGACGAGUUCAUCCCCACCAUCGAGGGCGAGAACGGCAUCUGCUACACGCAUCCGGAGAGGCUUCCUGGUGUCGGUAAGGACGGCCUCAUCCGACACUUCUUCCACCGUCCGUCUAAGGCUUACACGACCGGGACGAGGAAACGACGAAAGGUCCAUACCGACGAGCAGGGCGGCGAGACGCGAUGGCACAAGACGGGCAAGACCCGCCCGGUGUUCACCGGUGGAAAACUCAAGGGCUACAAGAAGAUCCUGGUACUCUACACCAACUACGGGAAGCAGCGGAAGCCGGAGAAGACAAACUGGGUGAUGCAUCAGUACCACCUAGGGUCCGAUGAGGAGGAGAAGGACGGCGAGCUCGUCGUCUCCAAGGUGUUCUACCAGACGCAGCCGAGGCAGUGCGGCAGCGGUUCGGCGACGGCUAAGGACGCCAUCCCGCUCGCUGCCAACGCAGCGACUGACCACCACCACCACCACCACCAUGACGGUGGCAAUGGCGGCGGCAACAACAUGUUGAAGGAGGCAGGCAUUGUAGAUUUCUACAGCCCAGCAGCACUAAUUAGCUACAACCAGGCAGCUUCUAACAGCAGGGUUGCCGCUUCUGCUCACCUGGUGCCUAACUUUGAGGUGCACACUACAUCGGGGGCUGCUGGCUUUGGUCCCUGACCAAGACGCGCAAGAGGAACUAUUCGACUGAUAUAGGUUAGAGGGGAGGGAAAUGCAGGCAGAUAAUGGCAACUUCAUGAAUGCAAUAACUUACUACAAAUGGUCGACGAGUUUACUGAACCGUAAUGGUGGACAAUAAGAGGAUGAGUACGUGUUGAGUGAGUGGUUGGACAUACAAAUACUGAAGUGUAGGAAUCCAUACAACUAUACAUUGUUCAUUAAUUGUUACACAUAUAUGUAACUUGAUGCUAUCAAUUUUUUGUUUAAUGAUCUUUGUUCCAUAAUAAGAAUGGAGUUUAAUAUUG